AUGUUCAUGUUUUUGGAUCUUCAUCGUCCUUACAUCGUUAUUAUCGGACUUAUCCUGUUAUUGACCAAGUCCGUCUAUGGUCAAGUCAGCAAUGGUACUGGUCUAGGCGAGUGGCCUACAAUCAUCUACACAGGUCCUGGCCCUGUAAAUGGUGCAUGUGGGAUUGAAUACGGACCAGACGACUUGGUCGCAGGAGUUCCUACUAGUGUGUUCAACUCAGGGGAGGUUUGCUCCAAAACGGUAGCAGUAACGUAUCAAGGAAAGUCUGGCCAAUUCCAGGUUGUCGAUAGUUGCUCUUCGUGCAACGUUUCUGACAUCAGCCUCGCACCUGCGGCAUUCGCCAAGUUUUUGCCCGAAGAAGAUGGGAUAAUGAUGCAGGUUGAUUGGGUGUUUGUAGAUUAA